GAGGGCCAGCGGAGCGUCAUUCAAUCAAUCGAAAGAUGCUAACUAUAGACUCCAAGUGAAACAUGCUCUACGAUGUAAGUAGUAAGUAAAUCCAACGCCGACAUGGUUGGCGUGAUUGACACGAUUCACAUGAUUCACGUGUGUCUAUAGAAUUACUAUCCAGACAGGCGGACGGUCCUCCCUGGGUAAAUAUUACAACACGCUAUUUCGGUGCUGUAUCCUUGUAGCUACAAGGCUCCCUAGUACCCAGCAACCACUCAACCCAAUACUCUCUCGAACAUAAUUACUCUUUCUGCGAGCAUAACUUUGAUUAUUGACGACGUUGAUUUCGUGGCUGAGACUUUCAACAAGUAAAGAAAGACAAAAAUUAAUAAUAACACAAUAGAUACAAUUACUUUUACUAUUCUCCCCUUAUUUUAUGAUCACAUAUUACUCAACCGCAUCCAUGAGGCAUGUCUUCGAGCUCUGCAUAUCACCAUGAAUCAAAUCCACCAGACUCUCCUGUGGAUGAUGCGGAUUCCGACCUUGAGCUGGACUUGCAGGAACUGGAUCCAAUAACUUCUCCUACUUCAAAAUCAUCCAAUUCUUCUUCACACAAUCAACAGAAAUCCAGUAAAGAACGACGGGGUCCGAAUAUACCCUUAAGAAAUCUGCGUAUGGGUGGUCUGCGAAAUUUUGCCAGAAAUAGAGGUUAUGGUGAUUUGGGAAGAAACAGGGAUGUCGAUACAGAGAGUGAAGAUCUGCGAGGUUUAUUAAAUGACGAUUUGGGAGGGGAUGGGAUGGGGAGGAUGUCGGGAGGAAGUGAGAAUGCCGUGGACGACGAUGCACCUUUAUUACCAGGAGAUGGAAGUGGAAGUGGAAGUGCGAGAUCUCGAGGAGGACGUCGGUCAAGCUUCGACAGAGUAAAGAAUAUAUCAUCACAAAUACGGCUUCCAAGCUUCUUGUCAGGAAACAACCCAUCGCAGCCACAACCAGAAGAAGGCGAAGAACAAGACGACGAACAUGAUCCAGCUUCAUCGAGAACAGUACAAGUUGGUGCCACGCAAACUUCACGAUUUCCUCCCAAUGCCGUUUCGAAUGCAAAAUAUACCCCGAUUAGCUUUUUACCACGAACUCUGUAUAACGAAUUUUCUUUCUUUUUCAACAUGUACUUUUUACUUGUCGCUUUAUCUCAAGCGAUACCACCUUUGCGAAUUGGAUACCUCUCAACAUAUAUUGUGCCUUUAGUGUUUGUUUUGGCGAUCACCCUCGGGAAGGAGGCUUUUGAUGAUAUUGGAAGACGAAGACGAGAUUCCGAAGCGAAUUCCGAGGGAUACACUGUCUUAUGUUUCGAUAAACCUUCACAAGCGGACACGGAUAAAUAUAGUGCAAGGAAGAAGUUAAAGUCCAAGGGGAAAGCAAAAAAGGGAAAGCUUUUAACCCAACCGGAUCGCUUAUCAGAUAUACAAGAAGAAGAGGAAGAUACCCAAGGUCAAGGACGAGAUGCACCAAGUUCAAGCGUUCGUGAGGUGGUCCGAAAAUCUAGAGAUUUGAAAGUUGGAGAUGUAUUGAAAUUAGGAAAGGAUCAAAGAGUUCCUGCAGAUGUCGUUAUUCUGAAGAGUACAGCCAAUGAAUCCUCAGCUGCGGUAUCACAUGAACCUGCAGUGACCAAUAUUAUUGAACCAUCCGAGUCUUUACUGGUAGAUCCAAUAUCUGAUCCUUCAAUCGAUCAGUCUACAGCCACCACUUCAGAAUCUCGAGGGUCAACUUCUCAACUUGGAAAUACACCCUCAGCAGAUGCAGCCGGCGCAGGUGAAACCUUUAUCCGAACAGAUCAAUUGGAUGGUGAGACAGACUGGAAAUUGAGAUUAGGCUCUCCUUUAACACAAUCUCUUGACCCUUCUGAAUUUAUACGUCUUCGUGUUGUAGCUGGGAAACCCGAUAAAAAGGUCAAUGAAUUCAUUGGUACCGUUAGUCUCCUUCCCAAAGGUGCUAGUGAGUAUGACCCACAUUUGCCGAAAGGGGGAGCGGACCCUGAUGAUAAUGAGGGGGAUUCAGCACCAUUGACGAUUGACAAUACUGCUUGGGCCAAUACUGUUCUUGCUUCAAGUGCUACCACUUUGGCAGUAAUCGUUUAUACUGGACCUCAAACUAGAUCAGCUCUUUCUACUUCUCCAUCUCGAUCGAAAACCGGUCUUCUUGAGAAUGAAAUCAACUCCCUUACUAAAAUUCUUUGCGCAUUGACACUUACAUUAUCUGUUGUUCUUGUUGCACUAGAAGGGUUUGAGCACGUUGAGGGAGUCAAAUGGUAUGUGAAAAUCAUGAGAUUUCUAGUAUUGUUUUCCACAAUUGUACCCAUCAGUCUUCGUGUCAAUCUGGAUAUGGGGAAGAGUGUUUACUCUUGGUUCAUUCAACGAGAUCCAGGAAUUGAAGGAGCUGUUGUUCGUACAAGUACUAUACCCGAGGAACUUGGUCGAAUUGAAUAUCUACUCAGCGACAAAACUGGAACACUCACGCAAAAUGAAAUGGAAAUGAAGAAAAUCCAUGUUGGAACUGUCUCGUAUGCAAAUGAAGCAAUGGAUGAAGUUGCCUCCUAUGUCAAGCAAGGAUUCUCAGUCCCUGUAGAUGCCAAUCAAUCUUCAAUACUUGUCACACCUUCAUCUGUCGCUUCAAAUACUAUUACCGCCACUCGGACCCGAAGAGAGAUUGGGUCGAGAGUACGUGAUGUAGUUCUCGCUCUUGCUCUUUGUCAUAAUGUCACCCCUACUAUUGAAGAAAUAAAUGGCCAAGAUGUAACAUCUUAUCAAGCCUCUUCACCUGAUGAGAUUGCAAUCGUUAAAUGGACCGAAGCUGUCGGAUUGCGGUUGAUUCAUCGUGAUAGGAAAGGGAUGCUAUUACAAUCAGUCGAUACCGGUCGCUCAGUCGUUCGUGUUCGUAUUCUUGAAGUUUUCCCCUUUACCUCUGAAGGAAAACGUAUGGGAAUCAUUGUUCAAUUCCUUGAUGGUUCUGAAACAUCCUCGAGCAGUAAUCUCGAAGCUGGAGAGAUUUGGUUCUAUCAAAAAGGUGCAGAUACUGUUAUGACUUCAAUUGUCGCUGCAAAUGAUUGGCUUGAUGAGGAAACUGCAAAUAUGGCAAGAGAAGGUCUUCGCACUUUGGUUGUUGGACGAAAGAAGAUGUCUGUUCAAAACUACAAGGACUUUUCGCAAAGCUAUAAGGAGGCUUCAGUUUCUAUUAAUAAUCGAGAUGCCGGUAUGGCUCGUGUGGUUUCACAUUUCCUCGAGAAGGACCUUGAGCUUUUAGGUGUCACUGGUGUUGAGGAUAAACUUCAAAAGGAUGUCAAGCCUUCGCUGGAAUUACUACGAAACGCAGGUAUCAAGAUUUGGAUGUUGACUGGUGAUAAAGUCGAAACUGCUCGAUGCGUUGCUGUCAGCGCCAAAUUGGUAGCAAGAGGUCAAUACAUACAUACCAUCGAUAAGCUUAGGAGAAAGGAUAAUGCUCAGGAUCAUCUCGACUUUCUUCGUGGCAAAACUGAUGCUUGUCUCUUAAUCGAUGGUGAGAGUCUAGCUUUACUUUUAACACACUUUCGAACCGAAUUUAUAUCUUUGGCAGUGCUUCUUCCAGCUGUCGUUGCAUGCCGAUGUUCACCAACUCAAAAAGCCGAUGUCGCAAAACUCAUUCGAGAAUAUACCAAAAAACGUGUUUGUUGUAUCGGAGAUGGAGGAAAUGAUGUUUCCAUGAUCCAAGCUGCGGAUGUGGGUGUAGGUAUAGUUGGAAAAGAAGGAAGACAAGCUUCUCUCGCUGCGGAUUUCUCGAUCGAACAAUUCUGUCAUCUCACCAAACUUCUCGUUUGGCAUGGACGGAAUAGUUACAAACGAAGUGCUAAACUGGCCCAGUUUGUAAUUCAUAGAGGUCUCAUCAUUAGUGUGGCUCAAACAAUGUAUAGCAUUGCUAUAAAAUUCGAACCGGAAGGACUAUACAAAGAUUGGUUGCUCGUCGGUUACGCAACUGUUUAUACGAUGGCACCAGUCUUUUCUCUGGUUCUUGAUAAAGAUGUCGACGAAGAUCUCGCCAAUCUUUACCCGGAACUUUAUAAAGAACUUACAUCUGGCUCAUCACUUUCCUACCGAACAUUUUUUGUUUGGGUCUUUGUUUCCAUCUACCAAGGUGGAAUGAUCCAGGGUCUUUCUCAAAUUCUCACAGAAGUCGAUGGACCAAGAAUGGUGGCUGUUAGUUUCACAGUGUUGGUAUUGAAUGAACUCACGAUGGUGGCUUUCGAAAUAACAACAUGGCAUCCGGUUAUGAUAGUGAGUCUGAUUGGGACAGGUUUGCUGUAUUUAGGAAGUAUUCCAUUCUUGGGAGGAUAUUUUGACUUGUCGUUCGUUGUUACUUGGGGUUUUGUAUGGAGAGUUGCAGCUAUCUCGGCGAUUUCACUUAUUCCACCGUAUGCUGGGAAAUUGAUUAGGAGAACGAUCAAACCACCUAGUUACAGGAAGGUGCAGGGGAUUUGAGGAGUCGAUAGGUGAGGAUGGAGAAAGGAAUUUGUGUGUAGAAUGGCGGAUGGGAAAUGAAUGAUUUGAUCGUAUGCAUGCAUAGCAAUGGCGUUUUGGAAUAUGCUAGGAAGAUAGAAACAAUGACUUGAAUGUACGGCAGUCGGAUUCUAUUCAAACUUACCAAUGUCACCUUCAGAAACGGAAUAGUUGCCCCGUGCUCCGUCGGGCCAUCCCAUCGUGAAUAUAACGGGUAAAAGAUGACAGGUACUAUGGCAAAGGUAGAAUCUUACUUCUCAAACUGGUAGAGGUUGAUAGAGGUAUGUGAUUUACAAUCUGAUCCAAUUGCAUUGGCUGAAUUAUCCAUCGGCCAAAUUCUGAAAGAUAUCCGAUGGCAGUUGUAGGUGAGGUCUUGUGGUUGUGCGCCAGUCGCGAUUUUCCAUGAGGAGGGUGUAGUAAAAUCCAUUACAUCUCUUAUAAUUUCCAAUCCAAUUUCUUACUUUAUAUCAUAUUCCAUGAACUUUCCAGCUUCCAGCUGACUUUACUCUCCGAUCAAGUUCUAUCGAAAACCUUACUCUUUUCAAUAUUUUCGAAGAAUCAAAUGCCUCUACUUUAUCGAUUUUUCAUUCAACGCCAAUCUAGUAUAAAUACUUUAAUGUUACUUGGAUUUUUUGUAUCAGUGAUGAUUUGUAUGGUGAAAAGGAUAAUAAACGGUAAUGGUUGGCUUACACAACAUCACAAAUACGGAAAAUUUAGCGAGGUGUGCCUUUUAUGUAUAGGUAUAUUGGGGACUCAUCUGGAGGAUAAUUCAAAGUUUAUUCUGAGUAUUAAAGAAGGGAAAGCCAAUCUUGAAGGAUGGGAGAUGAUGUGGGUGGGUGGUGCAUGAAUUCUAGGCACUUAUUUGAGUGAAAGCUGUUAUGGAGGUUGUACCUUCCUUACGCAUCCCCCACAAUUCCAACUCCUUCAAUUCUUCGCCUACAUCUGUCUAUCCCGAUUUCUGUAUAUCCAAGAAACAGAAAUAUUCUUUCGUGUAUCAUUCGUUGGCGCGUACAUCCUGAUACGUCACGCUUCCUUCCCAGGAUGAUCGAUGACCCCAUUAAGCUCCCACCCAAACCCUAACCGCUUCGAUCAGGAUCUCCAAGGUCUUCGAAUACCUCUUACUUACUACCCUACUGAGUGCUGGACUCGUUCACUCAUACGCUAAGAUCUAACAAACACAUAAUUAUGCCUUCGUCACCUGACGUACAGAUCUACUCACCCUAACAUAUCUAGCCCCAAUUUCAGUCGCGCGUAUUAGGACUCAAGAGUUCUAGUGUGGAUUUCCUUCUGGGCUGGAUAGAUUGGAUAUAUAUACAACGGUCUCUAUCCUGCACUGGAAAACAUUUUCACCAGCAUCGAACAUCUCAUUUGAAGAACCUCAAACUUCAAAUAUCUCACCUCGUCGAUCUGAAGAACCUCAAACUUCAGAUAUCUCACCUCAUCGACUUCGAUACUUCCUCUCCACUCACCCCUCAAGACUUUAUACUCUCUACCAGAAGAGCAUCCAUCGAACCAACAUGGACAGCCCCAAGGCUUCAAACAAGUCUAGUCCAGGAGCUGAUGCUGGAGCUACUUCCUCUGAUGUCGUCAACAAUGGGCAAAGAGCAACGGAUCUCGGCGGCGUCGUUGUCGGUAUCGCUCAGCGACCCGUCAUUCAUUGCACUGAAGAGGGCUUUGGGGGUCUCUUGAGUGACUUUGUCAGAGGUGCAGAUAUGAAAACGCAGAUCUCGAACAUCAAAGAGAGACGUGCUGGCUCAGCAUAGUUUUGAAUUAAGAGAACCAACGUUUUUUUUUUUGGAAAAACAAAAUUAAAAAAAGUGGAAAAAAACAUUUCUCGUUUCGCUUUACCCAUGUGCCGGUAACGCCAUAAUAAUCUCUUGGGCUUGAGAUCUUGGGAACAUGUAGAUAGAAAAUGGACACGAGUUAUAAUAUAUUGAGUCCUUGAUAGUGACAAUGAGUGCAUAUGUAUGAUAUUUCGAGCAUCACGUAGAAUCAUUUGUCAUUCUCCCUCGUCCUGUUUGACCCGUUAUUGUUGUUCGGUGCCCGAAUGUAGACUCGAUAAUUUGUAGCUUCGUUCGCAUGGUCAACUCGCAGAACUGUCUUGAUACCAUCAUCAGUAAUGUGCUCAUUAGUAGGAUCAAUUUUCUUUUCCUCAAAUGACUCUCCGAAGAAGCCCAGCUCGCAUUGCAUCUAGAUCUAGGCCUGUAAGUCGAAGUGACAUGGUUUCUGAUGAGUGAGAGACAAUUUGACACUUCUACCCGAAUCUUAGAGUCGAAAGUUGGACCA